CACCAAUUCAGGCAUAAUUCAAUUCAGCGAUAAAAAUUACAAUCGGCGGCGGCAGCGGCGGCGGAGAUGGCGAUUGAAAGGAAUAUUCUGGUGACCGGCGGCGCGGGGUUCAUCGGAACCCACACGGCGGCGGCGCUGCUGCGGCAGGGGUUUAAGGUUUGGAUCAUAGACAACCUCGACAACGCCGCCGCCGCCGCCGUCGAUCGACUGAGGAAUCUUGUCGGCCCGGAGCUCUCCCAGAAUCUCCACUUCCAAUUGGGAGAUAUCAGAAAUGGAGACGAUCUGGAAAAGCUGUUUUCGCAGACACAGUUUGAUGCGGUGAUACAUUUCGCGGGGUUGAAGGCGGUGGGCGAAAGCGUGGCUAAUCCGAUGAGAUAUUUUGAUAACAAUUUGGUGGGUUCGAUCACUUUGUACAAAAUCAUGGCUAAAUACAACUGCAAGAAGUUGGUAUUCUCAUCUUCGGCAACGGUGUACGGACAACCGGACAAGAUUCCGUGCCUCGAAGACAUGGAAUUAAAGGCCAUGAAUCCUUACGGUCGAACAAAGCUCUUUCUCGAAGAAAUUGCUCGCGAUCUCCAUGUCGCGGAUUCUAAGUGGAGAAUUAUUUUGCUGAGAUAUUUCAACCCCGUAAGCGCCCACGAAAGUGGAAUGCUCGGAGAAGAUCCAAAGGGGAUUCCGAACAAUCUAAUGCCUUAUAUAACACAAGUGGCUGUCGGCAGAUUGCCCGAGCUAAAUGUUUACGGCCAUGAUUAUCCGACGCCCGAUGGAAGUGCCAUUCGGGACUACAUUCAUGUCGUUGAUUUGGCUGAUGGCCAUGUGGUUGCACUCGAAAAGCUUCUAAAGCAUGAAAGUAUAGGUUGUGUGGCAUACAAUUUGGGCACGGGCCGCGGCACGUCGGUCCUUGAAAUGGUGGAUGCCUUCGAGAGGGCGUCGGGGAAGAAAAUCCCGAUCAAGCUGUGUCCGAGGAGGCCAGGAGAUGCAACAGCCGUGUAUGCCUCGACCGAGAAAGCGUUCCGGGAGUUGGGAUGGAAGGCGAAAUACGGGAUCGACGAAAUGUGCCGGGACCAGUGGAAAUGGGCAAGCCAGAAUCCGUGGGGAUAUGAGUCCAAGCCUUGAUCGAAUUUGCUGUGAGGAUUUAAAGACAAAAUUUUCAGAUUUGUUACAAUAUUAUAAUAAAUAAGAAAAGGAGGAUUAAUGUUGAAAUUUGGUGUCCGAAAUGGACAAUUUAGAGGCAUUUUUUGUUGAAGUGUAAUUUGCAUUAUCUUAAUUAUGUUGUGUGGUCAUAAAGUUUGUGUUGUUCUGUCCUUUACUCUUCACAUUUAUAUAAACUUCAACUGUCUUGUGAUU